AUGUCUUUGUUAGCAUGGACCGCUUGGCUUCUAUGGACCACAUUAACGCUUGCCUCGCCGAUCGUGGAUCUGGGAUAUGCGAAAUACGCAGGCCUGACCAAUUCCGCGGGAGUGAGUGAGUUCCUCGGCAUGCGUUUCGCGCAAGCACCUACCGGUGAUCUUCGAUGGCGAGCGCCCCAGGACCCUGACAGUGACGGUUCAGAGGAUAUUGUUCAAGCUCAGAGUUUCAAACCCAUAUGCAUAGGCGUCGGGCAAAACGCCGCAAGUAGCAGCUACAGUGAGGAUUGUUUGUAUGUCAACGUCUUUGCCCCUACCAACGCGACCGCAACUUCGCAGCGACUGCCUGUCUGGGUAUUUAUUCAGGGUGGUGGCUAUGGCACAAACAGCAAUGCAAACUACAACGGGACCAAAGUCAUUGAGGAAUCAGGGCACAAUGUUGUCUUUGUCAAUUUCAACUACCGUGUUGGUGCCCUGGGCUUCCUCGCCAGCGCCAAAAUCCGAGAAAAUGGGGCCUUGAAUGUAGGAUUGCUUGACCAGCGGAAAGCAUUGUUUGGUGGAGACUCGGAACAUAUUGUUAUACAUGGCAUGUCUGCAGGCGGAGGAUCUGUUGCUCACCACCUCACCUCGUACGGUGGACGAAACGAUGACUUAUUUAUCGGAGCAGUGCUCGAGUCUCCUUUUUUCCCCACGAUGCGCACGAUCGAAGAAUCCGAGUUCCAAUUUGGCUACUUAGUCAACAAGACAGGCUGUUUCGGCGAGUCAGACGAGCUGGCGUGUCUUCGAGAAGCCGACCUCAGCGCUCUUCAGAAGGGGAACACGGUAAUUCCGUACCCUGGCGUUACAGAAAAGCCAAACUACUCGUUCCUACCUAUAGUUGACGGUGACUUUGUCCAAGCGUCGAUGUUUCAGCAGUUCAAAUCAGGGAAGUUCGUUAGGGUACCAACGCUUGUCGGUGGGGUAACGAAUGAGGGUGAUACAUUCGUGCCGAACGCCAAAUACCAGUCCUCUGUAAACGAGUACCUCAGAGCCAAUUUUCCACGCCUGACAGGGGGGAAUUUAACUGAGAUAGACGCCACAUUUGGCCUGUAUCAGCGAGCAGGGCGUAACCGGUACUUUGGUCAGGCUUCUGCAGCAUUCGGCAACGGAUCGUUGGCCUGCGGGGGGCUUCUAAUCUCGCACACGGUGUCAUACUACGUCGGUUCAUCAAAGAGCUGGAACUAUCGAUAUAACCUUCUUGAACCUGCAAGUACAGCAAAGAAUUUUGGCGUCACUCAUGGCGCGGAUAUACCUGCUGUCUUCGGGGUCGAAUAUGGCGGUAUGGCAGACACGACUCUAGGCACUGUGAAUGCGGACCUUGUAUCGGUGGUGAUGAGCUACUAUAUUAGUUUUAUCAGGUCACUGGAUCCUAACAGAUACCGGAAUGGUCUAGCGCCGCGGUUCAAAACUUAUGGAAUAAAGGGCGGCCGGAGACUCCUGCUGCAGAUGCCGUUGGAGAGCAACAAGAUGGAGAGUGUGCCCUACGAGCAGUUUGACGGAUGCAAAGUAUGGGAGGCUCUUGGCCCUUUUACUGGCCAGUAA